CUGAGCGUAGCGGGCAGCGGUCGUUCGAUGUCGGCUCAGUUCGGUUCUUGCGAGUUUACUUACGGUAAAGUUUUGCGAGGUGUUCUUACUGAGAAGUACGAUUUUGUACUGCAAUGUGAGAAAGAUUGGCGGCCACCGCGCCCCCUCUGCCUAACAACUUUGCUGCAUUGUUAUCGGCGACCACAAGAUCAAAUUAAAACGGAAGGUCUACAUAAAUUGGUGUUUUAUGAAAUUACAGAACAAGGUGAAUCGACUGAUCUAGCAACUAGUCGACCGACGCGUCAGACUUUAUCAAAGUCAGAGAAGCCAGACUCCCACCCCGGGGGUUGA